AUGGCGUUCGUGCUGCCCAAAAAGGCCGGCGUGGCACUCAAGCAGGUGAAGAGCAUCGUGGUCCGCUUCUGCCCCUUCGAGUCCAACGUGGAAAGCACCAGAAACUUCCUCCAAUGUUUGCACACGAAAAAAGCCUAUGCGUCCAACAACAACUGUGACUUGAAAACAGAAGUGAAACACGAUGGAUCAGAACCAGUAAUAAACAUUCUAUUUGCUGAUGGUGACCGACUGGUUAUGAAAGGCGCCAACUUGACAGUUAGAGAAAUGUUGAAGGCAUUCAACUCUAAGUGUGCAGCCAAGGAACUGAAGAUACAAGAGAAAACUCAGACAAAAAGUGCCUGAAAGCCAUCAAUAUUUGAAGCCAGCAUUUAAUAUGAAUAUGCAAAUGACUUUUCAUUCAGAAUAAUGG